ACAUUUUGAAAAAGUAACACCCUCCCGCCCACCCUACAUAUUUAUACCCACGAGGUGCAUCAUGGCAUUUGUCCAUUUGCACUAUGGCAAUCUGCUCAGUGGUUCUUCACAUAGUUAUUCUGCUCAUCGCCUUGAAUAGCACUGAUGGGCGCAAGGUGCCGAAAGUGGGUAUUGUUGGUGGCAGAGAGGCUGCUCGCAACUCUCGUCCCUACAUGGCUUCCCUUCAGUCUCGUGGUCAACACAUCUGUGGAGGAGUUCUGGUGAGAGAGGAUUUUGUCCUCACCGCUGCUCACUGUGAUGGACGAUACAAGGUGGUUCUUGGGGCUCACGACUUGUCAGAGGAUGAAAAUUCACAACAAGUAUUGGAUGUGGUUCGAUCCAUUCCACAUCCGAGGUAUGGGGACAACCUGGAGAAUGACAUCAUGCUUCUCAAGUUGAGAGCGAGGGCCACCCUCAACACAGCAGUACAGUUGAUCCCUCUGAUGAAUGGCUCUAUGGCUGAGGGAAGCAUGUGCACCACGGCCGGCUGGGGGGAUAUAGGUGAUAAUGGCACACUACCAGACAAGUUGCAGGAGGUCAACGCCACUAUCGUCCCUCCCAGAGAAUGUGCCCGCAGGUGGACAGCCGUUGAAAUCUCCAGCCGCAUGGUGUGCGCAACAGGCCCCAGAGCUUUCCAAGGCUUCUGCUCGGGUGAUUCAGGAGGUCCGUUGGUGUGUAACGGGAUGUCAGCGGGCAUUGUCUCUUUCUCAGGGCAGAGGUGUGCCAACCCCAGUACCCCUGAUGUGUACACACGAGUGGCUUCCUACCGCCGAUGGAUUCAGACAGUGUUAACUAGAAACCCUUAAAGGGAAAAUCCACUCAACAAAAAUAUAUUUUAUAAUUGUUUUCAUUAGUCCACUGUUAAUAGUCACAAAAUGUUUUGCAUAUCAGCAGUCAAGUUAAGAUACUGGACUCAAGAAGCAAAGUGUCACCAGCCCAAAUUUUUUGGUGGAUUUUGCCUUUAAGGUUUUGGGCAUGUAAGCUGUCAGUGUGUGUUUACACAAUAUAACUGAUGAUCUCAUUUAGACCAGGUUUGCACAAGGUGUUUAAUGAUCACUUGUUCCCUUGUUGACGUUCUUAUUCAACUUUGUUAACUCAUUUUGGCUCCUGUGUCUCACUCUGGAGGACAUGAGUUCCCUAAAUGGUUUAGCAAAAAUCCUCAGGCCAUCAUUUCUUGAAUUGAUGUUCAAAGACUAAAAGCAACUACUGAUUUAAAGUAAAAACAAAACAAUGUAACAUUAGCAUAUGCAGAUUCUCUACAUCAUUUAGGCUCUUGGUCACUCACCUGGUAUGGAUGGUCAGGCAGUAGACUCUAUAUAUAUAAGUUGGCCAAUGUUACUGAAGGUUGGAUGCAUUGUUGGCUCCAGCAGGUUCCAUCAAAUCCCUACGAUAGUUUACCUGAGGAGCAGUGGUUGGUUUUAAAUAAACGUAAGUAUCAAAAGUGAAUUUAAUUUCUAAAAUAUACUUAAGAAUUGAAAGUAAAAGUACAAGUAUAAAUAAUUUCAAAUUCCAUAUAUUAAACAAACCAGAUGGCACCAUUUUCUUUUUUUAAAUUUAUUUACAGAUAGCCAGGGGCACACACAAACACUCAGAUAUAAUUUAAAAACAAAGCAUUUUUGUUUAGUGAGUCCGCCAGAUCAGAGGCAAUAGGGAUGACCAGGGAUGUUCUCUUGAUAAGUGAGUGAAUUUGACCAUUUUCCUGUCCUGCUAGCCAUGCAAAAUUACUUUUGAGUACUUUUGGGUGUCAGGGAAAAAAUGUGUAGAGUAAAAAGUACAUUAUUUUCUUUAGGAAUCUAGUGAAGUAAAAGUAAGUUGUCAAAAAUAUAAAUAGUAAAGUAAAGUACAGAUACCCCAAAAACCUACUUAAGUAGUACUUUAAAGUAUUUUUACUUAAGUACUUUACACCACUCCUGAGGAGAGGACUCAGUGUCAGAUACUGCACCUUGUCAGACUAUGUCAUUGAUUGGUGUGCUUGAUUGAUUAAUCAUUGCAGUGUUUUUGCCUGUCUCAAAGCAUAACGUAGCCUAAUGAUUAAAAAGUAUAUCCAACCAUG